GGGAAGGAGGUCCGAGCAGAGAACUUCAUGACUGAGUUGGAUAAUGGAGUUGUGCUUUGUAAGCUGAUCGCUAUUCUUCAACAGAAAGUAAAGGAAUGUGGGAGUCCAGAGUAUCAACAGCACUUUACGAUGAGGAAAAUUCCAUGUAAGACUGAUGCUCUGUCCGGUUCGUUUUUUGCCCGUGACAAUACCGCAAAUUUCCUUUCAUGGUGUAGAGCAGUUGGUGUUGACGAGACUUACUUAUUUGAGUCUGAGGGCUUAGUUCUGCACAAACAGCCCCGGCAGGUGUGUCUGUGUCUACUUGAAAUUGGACGAAUCGUGUCUCGGUAUGGUGUGGAGCCUCCUGUGUUAGUAAAACUGGAAAAGGAAAUUGAACUUGAGGAAACUCUGUUGACCACCUCUGUUGAACAGCAGAUUCCUGUUGAAAGUACAAAGCCAUGUUGUCACAACAAAGAGCUUCACCAUGCAGUGAAGACAAUUGCUGAUGAUCCUCCAUGCAAAUGUUCACAUCGUUUCUCCAUUGAGUUCUUAUCUGAAGGGCGUUAUCGGCUGGGAGGGAAGAUUCUUUUUAUCAGAAUGUUACAUGGUAAACACGUCAUGGUGCGUGUGGGAGGAGGCUGGGACACUCUGCAGGGCUUUCUUCUGAAGCAUGACCCCUGCCGGGUGCUGCAAUUCACCAUGUUGGAGGAGAAGAUCAUGGCUUUCGAGAAGGGCAUCUCUCAGGAUUCCGCUCACACAUCUAACUUGCUGGCAAAAUCUCCCAAACCGCCUCCAACCAUGAGCCUUCCGCUUGGUAUCAAGAUGUCACAACCCCUAGCUACAUGCCCUGGAUCUCCCUGCGUGCCGUCUUGGCCCAUGACCAAAGCUGCCAGUGCCCACUGCAGGUGCCCCUCACCAGUGCCACCAUCUAAAUCGGGGUCCCGCCCACCAUCUGCUGAAAGUGGGCAUUCAUCCCACGUGGCGCCAAGCUCAUCCUCCAGAGGCAUCAAGUGUCCUGCAGCGAGAUCACAGUUGCCCCCUCGGCCACAGCAAUCCCCAGCUAGUCAACCCAAAGGCAUGACCCAACCAGGGAGCAAGGAGGCACAGCCCUCUUCCAAACUUCGCCGAACCCCUUCAAAGGCUCCCGGUGGCCUCCUUCAAAGACCUCCAGGUAAAUGCCUGCCAAAUCCUGACACCAGCCCCAAGUUGACCCCUGGGGUUCCCGUCAAGUCUGUUCUGUUUCUCUCCACACCAGUGGUGCCUAGCUCUCUGCAGACCCCGGGGAAACGCACCCAGCCCACCAACCUUGCAUCGUCGUCUGCCUCCAAGAGGCCGCUCACACCAGCAAGAGGCCCUGUCCCGAGCUCCACGCCGAUUCCCCGCACACUGGACUUUGCACCAAGGAAUGCGGUUAGUGCGACCAGGGAUGACACUCGCGUUGAGAAGAAUCAGAAGGCAUCAGCGAAGACCCCUUCGUCAAACAGUAAGAAGCCACUUCACAAUCCUGCCCCUGCCCAACGGACUCCAUUAGCUGUUGUCAAACUACCACAGUCUAAAGUGAUGAGCCCGCAGUCUCCUCGCAUACAGUCUCCUGCAGCCAAACCCACGCUGAAGGUGGUGAAGGGUGAAUCCUGUCUGGGGAAACAGCCUCAGUCAAACAAGAAGAGCCUGUUGGUGGCCUCACCAGCUCCUUUAAGGAACCUGGCUGCGAAAUGCUGAAGUGAAAGUGUUGACUUUACCAUGAGCAGAAGUGACGCACAUAAGCAAUAAUAAUAAAAAAAGAGUUUCUUGGUGGGGUUGGUGCUGCUUUUGUAAGUAUGAACUCUGUUUGUGUUGAAGUGAAUGUCAAACAGUUGUUAAGAUCUGCUGUAGUCACAAUGUUGUCCAGUCAGUGGAGCAUGAACCUUUGUUUCUUAUGUCUAGGAUUUCCUCCCAUGUUUCCACUGCCCUGUUGACUGUUCCAUCUUAUUUUUGAUUAUGUAAUUUGCUCAUUCAGUUUUGUAUUUAUAAUGAAAACCAGUUGCAGUUCUCUGUUUGGCCUUAGCUGCUCCGAUUUUCCAAUUCUCUGACCUCUCCUCAACUUGGAGAGGCGGGAGAUACUGACUGAAUAUAAUCAACUGACGUUAUGUAAAAUUCCCAACUUGCUUUGUUCUGAUCCUCAUUGGCAGGCUGUGUGACAAGCUCAGCAGAGUCCUUAGCUCACCACUCGCCCUCAAUUUUGAGUCAGACAUCUUGUUUCUAUUUGUCGUGGUUUAUCUUGAGGUCACAGCUGAAAUUCCAAUGCAGAGAAGGAUCGGCUCUUCAUCUGUAGCAAUCCAUUUUCCAACUCUUUCCCCCACGUGUUUUCACACUUGUCCAAGUCCUUAUCUAAUUCCCCAUCAAACAGUAUUUUAAGCUUAGGUCCCAUUGCUAUCUGUGGCAAAAUAAUCCCGAAUCAAGCUGGACUUGACUGUUUGAACAGUGAUUCACAUCAAUUCCCAUUGCACGCAAGGUUCACUGUACUUGAUUAAUUAGGCUCAAUCCACCUACAAGAUUGUGGGAUAAUAUGUAUUUAAGUGAAUCCCAGCAUUGCUCACAAUUGGUCUUCGUCGAGUACUCCCCCCACGGAUGUUGGGAUUGAGGUCAGGAUGCCUUUGAAGACUCCUCAACCUGGGAGGUUGAAAUGCGAGAUGGAAGGCUCACCUGAACAAGAUGGCAGAGGCUAAUGGAAUAGAGGGCUUUCAGGAACCAGUGGCUAAUGAAAAAAGUAGAUCAAUUACUGAAUGAGUACAAUUCAUGAACGUAAGUUUGUGCAUCUUGUCCACUGUUUCUCUGCUGAAGGUUAUUUUUGUUUUGUGGCCGUGACUAGUUUUCCUGGUCGAACUUUCUCUAAUUGUUGGAUGGACUUCUGAAUGUAGCUAUGAUAUUUUGACCAAUCCAAACUAUUGAGUUGCCUCCUGAAAUGGCUUCAUUUCCUGAUCAUUAAGGUUAUAACAAUGUGUAUUUAAUUCAGUUUUAUCUGUUUCAUUGACAUGAUGGGUGUUUAAAAUAUCACUGGUGGGGGGAGAAAACACUGACUUUUUAAAAAUGUUUAAGAAUUGCUGAUACAACACUUUCAUGAAGCUUUUCAUCUUACAGUUAUCAGGGCAAUUCACCAUAAAUACAAAAGAAAAUUAAAGGGAAACCAGCAUUUGUACCAGUGUGGGGGUCAGGGGUGUUUGGUCGAGGAACUGUCCUGUUUCAAUUCAACAAAAUACACACCAGUCAUUUGUUCCACUUUUUUUUUAGGGGCACUGUCUUGGACUAAUUAAAAUCAUCUGCUUUGGUUAAAUUCUAAGUGAAAAAAGUUUGGCAGUUAACUGCCAGUCAUUAUUAACUGGUGUAUUUGUCAUGGCAGCACCUCUACUUGAGUCCAUUUAUCAACCAUUCAGCACACUCUCCUCCUCUUCUAUCGUAUAAAUGUUUUCUUUAUUUUGGUAUUUCUUGCAAAUUGCAGUGAGUGCAAAAUGAAAAGCUUCAUCAUAAGUGUCCCUUUUAGCAAUACGCAAAUACUGUAUUACUGUAUCUUUAAGUUGCAUAACAGGUGGAUCAGCUUCAAUAUUUUUAGUGAGCUUGAGUAUGUUAGUUCCUCCAAUACGGCACCAAGGUGAGGGUUUGCAUUCCUGCUUGGUUUACAGCAGAAAUCAAAUUGCAGAUGUAAGAUUGUCAACUUGAUGCUAUGUGGGUUCAAAGUUUCAGUCCAGUGAACAUUUAGCCAAUCAUUCUGACAAUCCUGCUGAAUACUGUAUUUAAAAUUCUCAAGGUUGAAGCAACAGUUCUAUUGUAGGUUUUAUCAUUGCUGUGUUCUGGUGAACUUACUGAGAUUAAGGCUGAAUUUUCUGUUUGCAUAUAUGACACUACAACAGCACUUGUAUUUUGAGUGCUUAAUUAGGUGAAAUGCCUGUUACUGGCAGGCUGACCAGUAUGCUUUACUGAUCUUAAUGGUGGGGGGGGGGAAGAGUGGGAAGAAAUGGGAAGGCACUUUAUAUCUUGCAAUUGUAUUUAUAAUUGUGUUUAUUUGUAAUUAAAGACAUUAACUCUACAGAAAGUGUAACAAUGCUCUCCUAACAACCCAAUAAGGGAGUUGGCUCAAGUGAGGUGAAGGCUGUUGAGUCUUGCUGUUGUAAACUGGGAUUGAAGUUAGUUAACUAAUUGUUUUUUAAAAAAAAAAGCUCAACUCCAGUAUCUGGAACGCACUGGAGGUGAAAUAGAUGUUGUACGAAGUUUACACCUUCACCCACUGUCUUGGUGUUACCUUUUUUUGGCUGUCAAGGAAGUUGGAUCAAGUGUGGAGUGUCCAAUUGGAUAUUGUCUGUCACUCACUUCCUUUCAUUGUUUAUGAUUUCAUGUUAGAAGUUCCACAAUAAGUCCAAAGAGAUUUUCAAUUCGUGGUGUUAGAUGUUUAAAUUCUCUGGUCCUCCGCUCAACAUGGCUGAAGUUGAGUGAAGCAAUGGGCAGGCAAUGGACGCCAGUCCCAUGGCCAAACCAGCUACCAUGCCAUGUUACUGUCAUUCAGAUCCCAGUACUAUAUCACUUGCAAUUUCAUGUGAAAUAGACAAAAACAGAUGAUUACCCCAGUGUAAUGUUUGAAAAUUUGUCAUGCACAAGCACCUAAAAGAGUCAUAGGAGAAUGGAUUCUUGUAACUUGUUUGUUAACUUGAAUUUAUACAGCACUUACAAUGCUGAGCAACUUGCUAAUUGGCCGAUCUAUUACUUGGGAAAUGGGGUGAGUUGGAGGAAUGGCUGCUGUGGGGUCUUCAGUUCCUGAACGAACUUUGGAGUGAGGAGUUGGGCCAGCUUUAGCAAUUUGAGGGGGAAGCAGUUGCUCUGCUGAUCACUAUUUAGUUUAUCCAUGGCUUCUUUUGCGUUUGGGCAGGAUUAUCGUCAACUGCCAAACCAGCUUGUAGUUACGAGGUCUGGUUAAAUUUCUCCAGUUAAAUGUCCUGCCAUCCCUACAUAAAAUCGAUCUGGAUUGACACUUCGUCAUGGGAAUUUGAUCUGUUCAUAAGUAUGUAAAUAAAAUACACCUCCUGCCCCACUCUUUCAAGGCAGUGUGGUGAAAGUAAAGUAUACAGUCACAUGACUGGUAAAAUAAUCAUGGUGCUUGCAAUAUGUUCCUGAAUUGUGUAAAAGGCUCUGAUGCCUUAGUUUUGUGUUACAAUAGUGAGAUGAGGUUUCCCUUUGACCAAGGUGCAGCAUGAGGCCAUUGUGCUCCUUGACUCUGCUCUGUAAGUCUUGGGUCAUAGCUCAUCAGUAUCUCAGUCCUUGUACCCACGUUUACUUAAUAUGCCUUUGUACACUAGGACACAAGUGGAAGCACAAGUAAAUGGUUCAGUCUUUGAAGCCUGCUCCAUCAAACAACUUACUGAAACUGAUUUUGGGCUUCAACUCUAUUUUCCUGCUCACUCCCUGUAUUGACUCUUUUUUCCCCCCCGAGAUAUCCAAAUUCUCUAUCCUAGCCUUAAAGUAUGCUCAAUGAUGGAUCAUCCAUGGACCUCCUAAGGUGGAAGAUUCCAAUAAUUAAAGCUGUUAAGUGAAAUUCUCAAUUUUUCCUUAAAUUCUUAUCUCAGUUCCAAAUAAUUGUCCCUUUAUCCUGAGAUUUGUAACCUCCACCCCCGUCCCCCCACAUCCCCAAACAAAAGUCUAGUUUCUUUCCACCAGUGGCAUUCUCAAUCUCAGUUCCACAGACCCAACAGAAGUCUAUCCCGAACGCUGCUGAAAAGAGACUUGUCUUGUUGAAGGUUUUUGUUAUGCAUCUAUUGGGACAAUUUGUAAUUCAAAGGGAAAACCUUGAACUAAAUAGUUGAAAGCCAUUUGAUGGUAUACUUCUCAACCUACUUGGUUAAAGCCAGGAAGUUUACUGCCAAUCAUUAUUAAUUAGUGCAUUCUCCAAGGCAGCACCUCCUACUAGUCAGAGUCCAUUUACCAACUCAUCAGCACCGUCUUCUCAUGCACUAUAAAUGUUAGUUUUCCCCUUAAAUCUUUAUUCUUGCAAAUUUUCCUGAUGAGUGCAAGACAAAAAAAAUGAACAAAAUGUCAGUUUUUUUUCAGCAAUAAAAUUCUGUACUACCAAAUGACUAAAAGUCUAUCCCUUUAACUUAGUUUUGAAUGACUGCUCACCUGCUCAGAUUUUCACUAACCAAUGUUGUGAAGAAUUGACUCCUGACGUCCUCUCUGAACCGUCUGACCCUAACUUUAGUAUUUGCUCAGUGUUCUGUAUACCUUGCACUAACAGAAAUAGUUUCUCUGUAUUAACUCUAUUGAUUCCUGUUUAUAUUUUAAAUCCUUCAAUUGGAUCACUCCAUAAGCUUUUAAAACCAAUUGGAGUACAAGCUGUUUAUGCAAUCCAUAUUUGUAUUUGCUUACUUUCUGUCGAGAUAUCCUUAGUUACUUCACAACCAGUUAGAUAUUUUAUGACUUAGAAUUUGAAGAGUAGCCAUUGCUUUGUGAUUUUAAAAACGUACAUUUCAGUUUUGAAUACUUGGCUAUGCAACAUGGUCUAGCUGUUAGAGCAUUGUAUCACCUAUCGGUGAAUGUUAAAUAUUAUUGACGUGUAGUUUGUGGUGGGAGGGGGUUGCUUUCUUUGGCAGUCAUUUACUUAGUGCACUAAGUGUUUGUUUUGCAGCUUGGUAGAGAAAACCGCUGAGUUCAUGUGGCUGUUCGACAGUCAAUGACCGUUUGAGGGGAUGCCUUCCUGGGCGGCAAUAACUGGAAAGCAGCGGAGGUUCUUGGGACCACUGUCCUGCUCCUUUAUCAGUCAAAAAACUUUCAUGCAGAAAGUUCAUUUAAGAAGUGAGUGAUGGUCAUUCAAUUGAAGUUGGAAAUUACUGUGCCUAGUACUGUACCAACAUUGUAUUCUAUUCUGAUACUAACCUUGAAACUGACUUUGAAAUGUACCUGCAUCUCAAAUAUUCAGGUAUGAAAAGUGAAAAAAAUAUUGGCUGGAAUUUGUUGAAUGAAAUGGAAGUUUUUUUGUUUGAAAGCUUGUGCCUAGCAUUUCAAUAUACAAGACACCUUUUGCUCCAUGUUCUAAAAGAUUGUCAUCAGGGUGCAGGCUCAGGUUGUGUUUGUCUUGCACUUAAUCACAGUGUGAUACAAUUUAUUUGGUUUCAUGAGAAGCUCAAAGGAAGUUUGGUAUUAAAAAUCAAUGCAGGAACUUUAUUUUUUUUAUGUAUAAUCCCCAACAAGGGAUUGAACAAAACAUUCAGCAACUGUUUGGUAAACUGCCUGGCUUCAAAGAGAGGGUUGUACCAGAUUCUGCAGUUUGCAUCAAUUGCACUUUACAGAUGUUACACACUGUCCUGUACCUAUUUUAAUAAAAUGUAUUGUGCUCUGA